AGCCGUGCUGCGUUCCCACAACUGUGCUGCUAUCCUCCUGGAGCAGCUACGUACCUCUCCCAGCCUUACGGUCGUGGUUAAUGUGUGCGGCGUGCUGGGUGCCCUCUCCUCCAUGCCGCCCUGUGAUGUGAAACUCGGGGGCACCCUCCUGCUCGAAUCAGCGGCUACUGACCACACUCUCCUCAUUCGCCUGGGUGCCCUGGACAUACUGCGCCGACUGUCACAGUCUCGGCACCAAUUGGUGGUCAACAGUUCCAAGUUGCCCCUCGAGAAUCUGGGGCGUGCACAGAUGCUC